CGCAGGCUACAGUGCAAGUGUGAUGUGGAUAUUCCUGCAAUAUUAAUUUAUUUACUUAAAAAUCUCACCCGCAUCAUAUUAUUUAUUAACAAGUCGCUAUCGCGCUACCACCCUAAAUCUAGUUACUUUAGUCUUUGGCUGAAUCACGGGCCUAAGUCACGAUGAGUAGUGAAGAUGUGAAAUUAUUCACCAGGGAGGAGCUGAAAUCCCGAAACACUCGUGAAGAUGCAGUCAUGAUCAUUCACAACGGUGUUUAUGAUGUCACACAUUUCCUUGAUGAGCACCCGGGGGGAGAGGAGGUGCUGCUGGAGCAGGCGGGCAAGGACGCCACGGAGCCUUUCGAGGAUGUCAGCCACAGCUCGGAUGCCAGAGCCCUAAUGAAGAAAUACAAGAUCGGCGAGCUGGUCGAGGCGGAUCGGACGCAGACGAAGGGCGCGUAUUCCCCGCAGUGGAGCAACGACCAACCGCAGGAGCAGGGCAAUGGGUGGACCUCAUGGCUGGCGCCGCUUCUGCUCGGCGUCGCGGCCACAAUCCUCUACCGCUACCUGUUCGCGUAACCUUCAAGCC